CUAAAUUCUGCAAGAUCAGUAGGGUACUAACACUAACCAACAAAGCCAAACGUGCUACGAAGCAUUCCUUCCAGAUCGUGCCGACUACAACCGUGCGAUUCUAACAUUCAAACAAUAUGCCACCAAACGUGCUCYACCACUGGGAUUCCGACGCUACAAGGCGUCGGUACCGCGAUCUUCCAACCAACGAUAACAACRUCGACGAAGACUUUUACCACCCCGAAUUCGAUGCUUCGAAUUUCUUCCUUCCUUCCAAAGCAACCCCGCUAGAAGCAAAAGAAUUGUCGGACCGGGAUCGGGUUCGCGCCAUGUGGAAGAAUAUGGUGCGAUCCGAUGCUUCUGCCACURCCGUGCCAAACGGCCACGAAACCAUCCAURUUGAGGAGUUGUUAUCYGACUCGUUGUCUAGCAUCAUCGUGCUCAGAGACGARRAAGAACACAGCGAAUGGCUGGAGCAAUUCGGGGGCCAGUUGUCUGKGGUCUCGUCAGAACUGUGCCAAGAAUUACGGUAAGUUUCGAUUCCAYUCGACAACGAUUGGAUUUCGUUUUAUUAUCGUUUGAUUUCAUUAUAUCUAUCCAUCCUUGGCAUUCUUUUUACAMGCGAGAAAGCAACCGACUAAUUGGUCGACUGACUCCAUUCGGUAUCRCCUUUCUUUGCCACUCAAAUGAUACAACACAGAAAACACGCCCCCGAUUUGUACAACAUGUCAACCGUUGCCGAUUUCAACGACAAUCUCUGUUACCAUGUCCAGAGGGAGAAGGGCCCGGAGCACCCUGCCCCCCGUACRAAUCGUGCAAUCGAAGAGGCGCUGGAAACCACCUUGGAGGUUGCCGAGUACCUAGGUUCCUUCCUGGCAACGAAAUCCACAAUCCCGCAACCGGCACACGUCGAUUACCCCUGGGAGGUUCUGGAAAAACACGGAGAYGGCGACCACCAGAGCCCMGGCCAUCUGAAACUCGGAUUCUUCCCGCUCACCGAGGAAGGCAUGUUUCUCCAGGUAUGGCCCACCGCCUGCCCCCWCCAGGACCGGUCGAUCGAGAUCGAGGGCCAACUCGUGUUUAUACCCUACGGGAAGAUGUUGGUCUUGCCGGCAAGCACUAUCCACGGGGGUGGCUUCCGAACCACGCCAUUUGAGAGCGAGUAUUCUACASUAGGCAGCCGCAGCAGUGGCUUUAAUUGCGGWGGAAACCUACGGUUUCAUUUGUACRUUGCUACGGACGAUGCGUCGCUACCGGCCCACCAAACAAACAAAUACACCGAGCGGUGUGACAAAACCAAGGAGCUGAGCCGGCGUUAUGUAGAUUCGAGGCACAUGUCCGUGUUGCUCGAUCACUUCUUUGUGAGUACGUAGCAUYAGUAGCRUAAGCGGCGGUUGUGGUCUCGGCAGAAAUCUCUGGAUUCAUAUAUGCAUUGCCGCAGCGGAUGCAUGUAUYGCUACCUGCCCACCAAACGAACAAAUAUAUCGAGCGGUCUGGCAACCUCAAAGAGCCGAGAUAAAAACUCAAUGACCAU